AUAUGGGGUACAGUAAUGUAAAAAUAUUGUGUAAAUUUCUCUCAGACAUUCUUUUUUGGCCUGGUUAGUGGGUUUUCUAUCAGCCUAUUUAUUUCCGCCCUGUCGGUCAUUUUGACCAGCGGGCUUUCCCGCGCAAGCGUGGUUCAAAGUAAAUAUUCAACUUGCUCUCGUCGCUCGCGAGCAGCAAAGACGGUUAUCAGGUUAUGGUACGCCAAAUGGACCACUGCACACGAUAGUGAAUUUUAGGCUGGCUAGAGACCAGGAAUCGCCAGGUGCAUCGCGAUAACACGUAGAGACUCGUCUGAUACGGGCCUUUUGCAUUUCAUCGAGAACAAAACAGCUGCUGUUGUGAAGGGGUUUCGCCUGUCAAAGAGCUUUGCGUCCAGAGCUCAAUUGAACUUGCCAAGAUGACCAGCGUCUUUCUCUUCAUUCCUAACCUUAUUGGUUAUCUCAGAAUUAUUCUAGCUUUUGCAUCCUUCUACUACAUGCCUUCUGAUCAUGUCAAGGCAGCCGUCAUGUAUGUCAUUAGUGGGUUCCUUGAUGCCUUUGAUGGACACGCUGCACGUUACUUUAAUCAAAGUACCAAAUUUGGUGCCUUCCUGGAUAUGCUCACAGACAGAUGUGUGACCACAGCUCUGAUCAUGAUGCUUGGAGUGUUUUAUCCAAAGUUCUUGUUUCUCUUCCAAUUCCUGGUCUGCUUGGAUAUCACAAGCCAUUGGAUACAUGUCCAGAGUGCAAUGCUAAAAGGUGACUCACAUAAAAAGAUAGACCUCUCUGGGAACUACUUUCUAAGAGUAUAUUACAAGAAGGUUGUUCUGUUUACUUUCUGUGCUGGAAAUGAAUUAUUCUUCUGCUGUCUCUAUCUUGCUCACUUUACCCCCGGACCAAUAAUCUCCCUUGCCGGACACUCUGCAGGGUUGUGGAUCAUACUUGCCUAUGUGACAGCCCCUAUCUGCCUACUCAAGCAGCUGGUUAGCGUAAUCCAGUUAUGGGCUGCUUGUUACAACACUGUGCUGGUAGAUGAGUCAGAAAGGGCUAAGGCCAACUGACUAGACAUGGAAAGCUCACAUGUGAACCUAACUUAGAUGAGCAGAAAGGGCUAAGGCCAACUGACUAGACAUGGAAAGCUCACAUGUGAACCUAACUUAGAUGAGCAGAAAGGGCUAAGGCCAACUGACUAGACAUGGAAAGCUCACAUGUGAACCUAACUUAGAUGAGCAGAAAGGGCUAAGGCCAACUGACUAGACAUGGAAAGCUCACAUGUGAACCUUACUUAGAUGAGUCAGAUAGGGCUUAGGCCAACUUUCUAGACAUGGAAAGCUCACAUGUGAACCUUACUUAGAUGAGUCAGAUAGGGCUUAGGCCAACUUUCUAGACAUGGAAAGCUCACAUGUGAACCUUGCUAAAUAUCAGGCUCCAGUUUAUAAUGCUGACACCAGGUACUGUGGGUAUAACAGAAAUUGGUAUUUUGGGGUAUAGAAAAAGCUAAACGUUUCAAGGUAAAAUAAUAUGCUCAAUAUUCUAUAAUUAUAAUAUUACAUGAAAGUAAAAUCGAGGGGCUGCUUGAAAGGGCCUCCUUUUAAAACAGAUUUUAAGCUGUUAAAACGAUCCAUUUGAUAAUGGGGAUGAGGCGAGAAAAAAUUAUUUAAUCUAUUCCCAUACUGUGAUUUUUUAAAUAUUAUCAUGGUGAAUCAGCCAUUUAUGUCAACUGAUAGAAAAUUAUGUAGCUAUACGAACGUUUAGUUUCAGUGCAAGGGAUGAUUCAAUAUACCUGGCGAGAGUUGUUCAUUCUUGUAAGAUACAGCGAGAGGAAGUAAUGACGGUGUUUUCAAAAGUCAUCUGAGUAUGAAAGCACUUGAUGCCAAUGUCUUCUUAUUUUAGUUUUGAACUUUUUGUUUUGGGAGGAUUGCUUCAUUUUCAAUGUUCUGCAUAUUAUUUGGUAUAACAAUGGCUUGCUCAGUGGCUACUAUAGUGCCUUCAUAUUAAAAAAGUUUCGGUUUAUAAAAGCCAUAAUGCAGUUUGGACACUCUUGGCGCGAGUUUGCAGAGAAUUGAAAAUUGAUGUAAGAUUCGGCACUUUAACACCUAAAGGUUUUGUGUUUACCAUACAUUAUCUGUACAACAUUUCACAUAUUUUAAAUUCCCUCUAAUUUGAAUUUUCUUAGUACAAAACCUUUUUUUUGGUACCGGGGUUGAUGUUUGGCAUUACAUUUGGAAUAAAAUUCUUGCUUUGUGCAUGGAAUGUCGACAGGCGAGAGCACCAGACAGUAGGUCCUCCUGCCAUUAUAGUGCGAGAGUUACAGUGCAGUGGAUUGUACAUAAAAACGUUUCGACCUUAUCCAGAGGUUAGGAAUGCAUCCCUCUGUUGAGUCGCACUUUGGAAAAUACGGGGUGCUGUAUUCUCUAGUAUAAUUUAAAGGGACUUCUCGUCCUGUCCAUAAUGCAUAAAGGCGUUGCACUUAAAAAAUAAUAAUUAAGACUUGGUACAUAUACAUAUUCUUCUAUAAAGUAGAACAGAAAACUGGUUAUAACCGUAAGGUUUCAUUAUAGUAGCUUUCUGUUCGCGUUGUAUGAUGAAAAAGUUUAGCGUAUUAUGGGCAAAGGAGAGGACCACCACAAACACAAGGUUGUAAAUAAUGCCAAACAGCCUAAAUGCACUGUAAAGACAAGCAAUAAAUGAUCGUAAUCGA